AUGGAAUCUUGUAGUUAUUCUUCUCUAUUGAACGAGGAUUCAACAGCAUGUGGAGCAAGCUGGAAAAACCCUGAGGAUUUUCAGUGUGUCACCCUCCGAGAUUGCAACAAAGAUGUUUCCUCUCAUUUGCGAUUAUGCAACGUAGUGGAUUACAGAGUUGAAAGCGAAUUCCAAUUAUUGCUUGCAAGGGCAGGUACUGUUAAGAUCAGUUCUUAUUACUAUCCUCCACUUCUCCGUCAGUAUUUGAUUCCGUUUUGUUUUUGAUAACCUGCGUACAGCCCCCCUUCCCUCACAAACAAAUCUCCCAUAUUUUGUGAGAGGGGAGGGAGAGGCUGUACACAGGCUACUUUUGACUUUGCGCUAUUUUCCACUACUUAGGAGUGUUUAGUAGCGAAGAAACUCACGCAUCGGUGACGGUUUGUCCACGGCAUCGAAAGACAUAUGGAGUUGGCUGGAGGACAGGAAAGACCAGAUGUUCAGUUCCAACCGAGAUCGCAGGACAUAAGUCCUCUAGAGCCAAAGGUGACCGUGGAAUCAGUAGCAGCGAGUCAGCUUUCGUCCUUUCAACAGUAAAAACGUUUCUUCCAGUCGGAACACGUGAGUAAAUCCUUUUCAAACUAUACCCGGGUACAUCGGCUCUGUUGAAUAACAAAUAGAAGCCCGCGGGAUACUACAGAAUGAUUUCGAGUGACUGUCAGACGGUCUAACCGUCUGUGACUGGAGAUUGUGGCUCAGGCUAGGCCGAGUGAUUAUCCAAACAUUUUUGUAGGGUUUGAAAUAUACGAUUCCAGGUUUUUUUUUGCGGUGGGGGAACACUUGGAAACUUUUUUUUUCAUUUUUUUGCUGAAAAUAACCAUGCUAUGCCUGUUUAUCUCGACCGCGUCUGGUUUGUGCUAUGGCAAUUAAUCCUUUCUGGCUCAGAAAUUCAGAAAUUCAGCAUUAGAUUUAUGGCUUUCAUUUUGCUAUCAAUUGAUCAUCCCCGUCGAUUGAAAUCCGGAAUAGAAGUUGUUCACGUCAAUCCUGCAAAGAAAUCCCCACAAAUAGAUAUUCAAGACCAAAGGAUCUUGAAGAUAAAAAUUCUUUGAUCAAUGGCAUGUGCGCGAAAACUCAAUGAGAAUAGAGGCGCGGAAGAGUUUACUUCGAGGGAGCUAUCCUCUUCGAUCGGCCGAGAGAAAGCGCCUGCGUGCCAGCGACCCCACCGAAUCAUCUUGCGUCUCUCUUUCUGUUGCUCUAUUUCCUCUCUCCUCCGAAGAGGUCUCGUUGAGUCGUGGGUAGGUUGGGAGAGGAAAAUGGGAGUUUCUGAUUAUAGCUAAAUAAAUGUUUAUGGAGUAACCAGCGGUACACCUCGCUGCAUUCGUCGUAGGUGCUCACGAAGUGACCUUAUUGGCUCUCAGUGACACAUCCUCUUUCUCUCUGUUCCUUUUCCUCAUGAAUUAGCCUCUCCCUAUAUCAUUAUUGAGCUUAAAUACGGGCCCAUACCCAAUUCUUUUCAGCACCUUAACAUGUAUUUCUCAUUUCUUUAUUUUUGUGUAAAAGAUGCAGAGGAAACUUAACUGAGUUUAUGGCCGACUUUUCUUUGGAGCCAACCCUUAUGGAAACCCCUUGUUCAGGGGAGCCUCCGUUCACCUCGGUCGAGUCAGAGGUCACGCCCUCCGAGAUACCCAGCUCCGAGGGAAGUGAAAAAGAGCAGGAUGAACAGGUAAAAAUAUUAAUAUAAUUAAAAAAUAUAAUAGUUCUGAAUAAAUUAAUCUGGAAAUAUUUAGUCUAUAUUUAUAACCUAUUCUGAAAACUCCUUAAAACGAGAGAAUGUGGCUGAAAGUUACGCGAAUCCUACUCACCUCUGUAAUAAGCGUACUUAAUAACUACAUUGAGAAACAUACCUCCCCAAAUGAAACGUAAAAAAAUCAAUCAAACACAAACAAAUGAGAUAAGCAAAAACAAAACAAAUUAAAGUGUAUUCCUAGCGUUAUUCAUUUUUUACUUUAAUUAUUUAAAAACCUAUCUCACCUUUCCUUGUUUUGUUUCAGGAAAGUAAAAAAAACCACCACCCCAGAGAGGCUGGUAGCAGGCAUUCAGAAACUUCAAAUUGCAGAUGAAAGUUAUAUUCUAUCCUCCGAGACUGCAAGCACAACAUCAUCUAGUGAAGAGGAUGCAAAAUAUCAGCUUCAAAAAGCCAAGCUGAAUGCUUUUUUAGAAGAAUGCAAUGUCGAACCUCUUGUCAGACGUUGGAAAGACUGGAGCGAAGCAAACGAACGUUCACCAGUACGAUAUGUUAGGCGUUCAUCUGAGAUAGUCAAGUCGUUUUUGUCUGUUGUAUACCCCGAAAACUGCGUCCACUUGUGGAAGGAGAUAGAAGUAUCCUCUGCAAUGGAUAAGCUGAUGGGUACCGAUUCUUUGCAGCUUUCUUCCGACAACAGCUACCUUGAAGCCUUAUCUGAGGCAUAUCAGAAUGCAGCAAGUUGA